AGUUAUUAGUAGCACCAGGGAGGAGUGGGCUAAGAGGCUGGAGGAGGACAACGGGGCUAUCGCACGGUACGUGUUGGAUGGAGAUGCAGUGCUGGGAAUAAAGGGCACAAAUGCCUGAAUAAGCGCACGGAUAAGCAAUGUCAGUAAGUUAUUCCAGCAACAAACUGAAAAGUAAAGUGCGAUAGUAUAUUGCAGUGAAGAAAAAUUAAGCUACACAGCACAAUUGAAAGGAAAAGUGUGAAUAAACAGGAGAGACGCCCGAGAGGAGGACAGGUCAAAAGAAGAAGAGGAAGAAUGUUUGUUUACAUAUCCGCCUAAAAAUGCGUUCCAUUUACGGCGCGAAAACCCGGACAUGGGUCUGGGUUUAUCCCCGAACCUGGUUCCGGGUUUUGUGUCAAAUGGAAGAUGCUAUUAAAUGGAACACGCUAAAUGGAAAAUGCUAUUUGUCUUCUCUAUUCUUUGGAAACACACGAGAAGUUAAUCAAGACAAGGAGAGGGUGUUCCCCGGCUGCCUGGGACGUGACGGGAGAGCCAAAGAGGUAGAGUUAUUAACACAUGCAGCCGUGAACACUUUUUGAAGCGGCGCUGUGGGAUUACUUGUGUGAGGAGAGGAAGGAAGGAAGGACUACUGGCCAUGAGUGUAGCGUUGAGGAAGACUUGCUGCCCCCUCGCCCUCAAGGCUGGCCUGCAGCCUGAGUGGCCAGGAGCAGCGGAGCAGACUGUCACUGGUGUGAGGACCAAGGCCUGAUCAGAAGGACCACCACCACCGUGCUGCUGCCUUCUCCAGCCAUAAAGGAAAGGGAAAGGUUGAGUGUCAGGACUGUAGGACAAUUUGAUAGGGGAGAGGAAGUUCAUCAGACACAGCCUUGCACACACUGGUUCAGGAAACCAUGAGAGCCAGGAGUGUGAGAAAAGCCUCCCUGGGAAGGGUGACUUUGACUAAGACACUCACUCCUUCUGCUGAAAGAAAUCAUGAUUGUGCAGUUUGUGGGGAAAGUUCCAGCAAGAAGGGUGAACUCAAGACACACAGCCUUUCACACACUGCUGAAAAAAAUCAUGAAUGUGAAGUUUGUGGGAAAAGAUUUAAUCUGAAGAGUACCCUCAACAGACACAUCCUUAUACACACUGGUGAGAGAAAUCAUGAAUGUGAAGUUUGUGGGAAAAGAUUUAAUCUGAAGAGUACCCUCAACAGACACAUCCUUACACACACUGGUGAAAGAAAUCAUGAAUGUGAAGUUUGUGGGAAAAGAUUUAAUCUGAAGAGUACCCUCAACAGACACAUCCUUACACACACUGGUGAGAGAAAUCAUGAAUGUGAAGUUUGUGGGAAAAGAUUUAAUCUGAAGAGUACCCUCAACAGACACAUCCUUACACACACUGGUGAGAGAAAUCAUGAAUGUGAAGUUUGUGGGAAAAGAUUUAAUCUGAAGAGUUACCUCAACACACACAUCCUUACACACACUGGUGAGAGAAAUCAUGAAUGUGAAGUUUGUGGGAAAAGAUUUAAUCGGAAGAGUCACCUCAACACACACAUCCUUACACACACUGGUGAGAGAAAUCAUGAAUGUGAAGUCUGUGGGAAAAAAUUUAAUCAGAAGAGUUACCUCAACACACACAUCCUUACACACACUGGUGAGAGAAAUCAUGAAUGUGAAGUCUGUGGGAAAAGAUUCUGUUUAAAGUCAUACCUGAAGAAACAUAGCAUAAGACACACUGGUCACAAAGGGUUCAAAUGUGAUGCUUGUGGAAAGCGUUUCAUGACCAGAGGUGAGAUUAGCAGACAUGUGAAGAUUCACCUCUGAGGUGUUGUGUUGUGCUGCUGUAUGUGGGAGAGAGUAGGCAGUGCAGGGCAGCAUUGACUAGCAUGAAGGACAGAAAAUAUAGCCCAGAUGGGGAAUUAAGGCAGGUUGUGUGUGUGUGUGUGUGUGUGUAUUUACCUAUUUGUAUUGACCUGUUUGUAGUCUACCGGGCCCGGGCUAAGCUGUAAUAGUCCCGUCUCCAUAUCUACAUUCCUUUGCCUUUCCAUCAUUUGUUGGGCACUGUACGCCUCCACCACCUCUUCCCGCAAGCUGUUCCAUGUGUUAAUGGGAUAGCCUGCCCCCCUUGUAUGUCAGUAAAUGUGAUAAAUGAGAUAACCUACACCCCUUGUAUGUCAGUAAAUGUGAUAAAUGAGAUAACCUACACCCUUGUAUGUCAGUAAAUGUGAUAAAUGAGAUAACCUACACCCCUUGUAUGUCAGUAAAUGUGAUAAAUGAGAUAACCUACACCCCUUGUAUGUCAGUAAAUGUGAUAAAUGAGAUAACCUACACCCCUUGUAUGUCAGUAAAUGUGAUAAAUGAGGUAACCUACACCCCUUGUAUGUCAGUAAAUGUGAUAAAUGAGGUAACCUACACCCCUUGUAUGUCAGUAAAUGUGAUCAAUGAGGUAACUUGCACCCCUUGUAUGUCAGUAAAUGUGAUAAAUGAGAUAACCUACACCCCUUGUAUGUCAGUAAAUGUGAUAAAUGAGAUAACCUACACCCCUUGUAUGUCAGUAAAUGUGAUAAAUGAGGUACCCUACACCCUUGUAUGUCAGUAAAUGUGAUAAAUGAGAUAACCUACACCCCUUGUAUGUCAGUAAAUACACCUGUCUGUGUAGUGCCUGUAGGCAAAGUGGUCUGUGACAAAUGACAAAUACCUGUUGAAAUAUCAGGACUAGAGUUAUGUUAAUGAGAUGAGAUGGAUGGAUCCCUUUUUUGCCUCCUAGUGUAUGAGUUUCAUGUAUCAAAGAACUAUGCAUUUGUAACUCCUUCACUUUCUCUUCCUCAUAACCCGUCCGCUGCGAUUGGCACGGAUCUGGCUUUUACUGGUAGCCCGGUAACAUAUACUCCCAUGUCCUUCUCUGCCUCUGUGGUGGAUAGUGGAGUGUUUCCCAUGUGGUAUUGGUGUGCUGGAUAUCCCCUCCCAAGGUGCAGGACUUUACAUUUUUCUUCAUUGAAUUGUAGCAGCCACUUUUUGUUCCUUUCCUGUAGCUUGGUGAUGUCUGACUGUAGGAAAUCUGCAGUCAAGGGGUUAAGAAGAUCAGAGAGUUUUAGGGUUUCUGCCCCUUAGUUCCAGGGUUUAUUUUCCUAAGUUAAGCCUUCAGUAAAUAUUUAGUAGAGGUUUGCAUCAUUUUUUCUGGAUGCUAACAUUUUUCACCUGUACGGAAUUUUAUUAUGUUAACAAAGUUCUAGUUAUUUCUCUAUGAAGUGGCAGAAAUACACAGCUGCUGGGAAGCAUUGCAUUGUUUCAGUCACAGCUUCAUGUACAAAAAAUAUUAUUAUUUCCACAGAUAAAUACCCAACUCUCUUGAAAAGCUGUUUACCUGUAAAGGAUUAUUCUAGGCUACAAAGGUUUAAUUAGGUUAUGUAAGAGUUGGUUAGAUUAGGCUUGAUAAGGUAAGGUUAGAUUAGGUUGGGUAAGUAAGAGUUCAACAGAUAUUAACUCAAAUUACCUAACCUCACUUACCUCAUAAUCUAACCAAACCUUUUAUAAUACAAGGUUUAUGAAUAUGAAACUGUACACUAUAAACAAGCUAAAUUCAUAUAUAGCUGAUUUAGGAAAUAAAAGUAGUUAUGCUUCAGUA